AUGGCCCCUAUCACAAGGUCCUCUGUCCAUGGAAGGCAGUCCCAGGUAAGUCAACAACGCAGCUUCCUGCAAGUGGAAUUUACUGAACCCAAUGGCCAGAUGGACAACCACGGUGCCUUCGAAGAGUCCCAAGUACCUGACGAAGACCAAGAGAUGGACGAUCAAGACGAAGAAGCGUCAGUUCAUGAAGGUGGGACGAACCAAAACAGGUUUCCUUUUAUUCCGGCGAACAUGAUGGACUCUACCGCUGUCGAGACGCAGUCAGAAGCCAACAUGCUGAUCGACACUUUAGGUGCCCCGUCACCAUUCAGAUCUUCUGCACAGGAGAUGCUCCGCCCUCUUCAAGAUACCGCCGAUCGUGUGAGCAGGCAAGUCGAGGAAUUUGCAAAAGCUCUAGACAGAUUUGUGUCUAAUCGACAGCCCACCGACAAUUCUCUGUGGGACGAUGCCAUGGUACUGUUGGAAAAAUACAGCAAGAUUGCGGACAUUCGAAAAUCAAAGACGCCUGCGCAAGAGCCGGUCGAAGAACUGGAAAAGAUACAGCUCGAGUCAGAUUUGUGGAUUUUGGUUAGGAACCUGCUCUACUGCGAAUCUCCUCUCUCCCUCAAUGAUGCACAGAUUGCCCAAGAAUCGAGGUUGGGUGGUCUACACCGCUAUUCCAGCAACGUUGAACUCUGGACUGCGUUCCUUGACUCAGAUGCUGUGGCACAGGAGUACGAAACCAUUCUGGCGUGGUUACAAGAAAGAGCUGCCGCGACAUCACCCCCUAUUGAAGACUGCACGCGCAGUCUUUCUGAGAAAUCGGAACGUGGCGAUGGCAUUUGGAGCGCCGGACCUAUCUUUACACAAACCGCUAUUAAGCAGCAGAAACGAACCCGAGUAUGGUCAAUACCGUUGGAGCCUUCAAAUCCCGGAUUGGACCGAACCCACGUUCGCAAAGUCGACCAAAAACCGCUUGUUGCUCAGCUGGACCCUGACGCCCCAACCAGAGAGUCGGCUGUACUUCAGGAACAGGAUGAAUUCCAUGACCAAGCAGCCUGGCAAACAUACUGGGAAAUGCUCCGAAGGGGAUACACCAAUAGCCAAAUUCAAUCAUGGUUCGCGGAACGGAAAGAAGUCUGGAGAUAUGCAACGCUUUGUGGAUGUGGUCCGCAUGCUGAGCAAAUGGUCAACUCACCCUGGCUGCGUAUUCUGAAUUUUGCCUCAAAUUCCGAAUGGUUCGAGCGCUGUGAGGCACUGGCUCAAAACCCUCUCAUUCAAGAUCAAUUUCAGAAGGCCACCUACGGUGUGCUCUGCGGUGAUGUUGGGGCUUCCAGGUCUGCAAGUAGGUCGAUUGACGACAAUCUGUUCUCCAUUCUCAAUUCCCUCCUUAUCCGGAGAUAUCGAAACUAUCUUCAAGCCUACAGAAAGAGAUUGACGGACACGGCCGCCACUGAGUACCGCCCUCUGCCACCAUCGACCGCCGAGAUCCAGCAAUAUGUCACCCUUGCUCAGUCAAACCCAACUACAAGGGAUGAAUCUUACCAGCCACAUAAGCUAAUGGAACUGGCCAUCGUGUCGAAAGACUUCGACGACUUUUUUGUAAACAUUGGCAGAGCUGCUGCUAGUGUCGCACAUACCACAGGUCAAGGAUCACAUCUCAUGACCAGAAACUCCGACGAGGGAACUGAAGUUGCCAUGUUGAAUGCCCAAGACCAAGACAGUGUCCGCAUGGUUGCGCAUCUUCAGCUGUUGUUCCGGUCUCUGGGGUUGUUGCAAUCUUCGUAUGCCGAACACGAAUACGAACUUGAAAAUAACAUCGCAGCCUAUAUCGGGUUGUUAGAGAACUGGGGCAAGUGGCUUCUGAUCCCUCUUUAUGCGUCCAAGCUAUCCAAGAAGAGAAGCCAUCACGUUCUCGGAGCCAUUUUGAUCAACGUCACAGAUCGCCGCGAGAGAGAUCUGCAAGUAAAGCUGAUGAAGCAAUACAAUAUCAAUGUCUCAGAAGUCACCUACGGGAUUUUCUCUCUCGCCAACUACUCAGAUCUGCAGAAACUUCGAAGGUAUAAACAUGGUCCGAUAACUGCUAGACUCACAGUCCUGGGUGGUUCAGGCAAACUAGCACAACACAAGGUUCGACCUAGCUUGAUGACAGGCGAAGUCACCGAGGCAGAUGAAAAGGCUGUCAGGAGCGUGGAGUGGAUUCGGUAUGUCGAUGCUGAGAACUGGGGUGCAGCUGCCUGGUCUGUUGCAGUACUUUACAAAGUAUUCUUGGUCGAAGGAAGAUUCGUCGCCCUGCGCCAAUUACUUGAUCGUGUUCGUCUCUCGGAUAUGUCACUUGCAGCCUUGGGAAUGAACCUGCAAUUUGCGGACGCAGAUCCACCGGCAGACAAUGUUGAGAGCGAGGUAGAGGAGCUGGAUGAAGCUCCAGUGACUCCCAUGAGCAGUCCGACUAGGAAGAGAAAAGCAGCUAACUCAGACCACCCUUUGACGAGAGCCGGGUCCGAUCGACAAACUUUGGCGUUGAAAUCACUGAUCUGGAAACACCUGGAACAACUUGUGACUGCUGUUGAUGCCUUAGACGUCUUUCAGGAAGCAGCAGAUGGUCUCGAACAGCACCGAAGAAACCCGUCAGCACUGAAAAACUACAAAAGCGCCCUGAAACGCGCUCUUGAGGAGGUCCGGCAGGCUAUGGUACCACUUUUGGACAACGAAUUUCUGUGCCAGCCUCAAGAUGAAAUGGAGGCCGUAGUCCUGAACGAUAUACGCAAUCACUACAUCCCCGAAUGUAUUCUCGCCUACAACAGCGCAUUGUGGUUUGCUGGCCACUUCGCUUCUCGUGCAUGGCUUGUCGAAUGCAUGACCCUGGCCCAAGUGGUCGCGGAGACUCCCAUGCUGACCAACGCCUUUGUGGAAAGCAGAAGAAUGAAGGAACUGGUCCGGGCGUUUGCGGUUGAUAGUCAAGCUCUUCUACAAGCAACAGAACAAGGGGCUUCUGGUGGCGCUGGGGGAAGUGCCAGCCGGACGAAGAAGAUCAAGACGGAUAAAGGAAAUGCGGAUAUCUGGAAGGUGUCGUGGAAGGAACAGACUGAGCCACUGGAUUUGGAGGCAAUGGACUGA